CUGUUUCAUUUCGUUGUUCCAAUUCCAUAAGUAUUUCCUUGUUGAGUCACAAAGCAACUCUGAGUAUAUAUGUGGUAUGGAACUUAGCUUACUUCCUUCUUUUGAAAACUAGACUUCUGGUCUAUCAAUUUUGGACAUGGGGGCGUAUCGCUAUAUGCAGGAACUUUAUAGGAAGAAGCAGAGCGAUGUAAUGCGAUAUCUACUUAGAAUUCGCGUUUGGCAGUAUCGUCAAUUGACUAAACUGCAUCGCUCGCCUAGACCAACUCGUCCGGACAAAGCAAGACGUUUGGGAUAUAAAGCUAAACAAGGAUUCGUUAUUUAUCGGAUUCGUGUUCGUCGUGGAGGCCGAAAGCGCCCAGUACCAAAAGGUUGCACUUAUGGAAAGCCGAAAAGUCAUGGUGUAAAUCAAUUAAAACCCUAUCGUGGAUUGCAGUCCAUUGCUGAGGAACGUGUUGGUCGAAGACUUGGUGGCCUACGUGUUUUGAACUCUUACUGGAUUGCUCAAGAUGCUUCGUAUAAGUAUUUUGAGGUAAUAUUGAUUGAUACGCAUCAUAGUUCAAUUCGUCGUGAUCCGAAAAUCAAUUGGAUAUGCAAGCACGUGCACAAGCAUCGCGAAUUAAGAGGCCUUACAUCGGCGGGUAAAAGUUCUCGUGGAAUUGGCAAGGGAUACAGAUAUUCGCAGACCAUUGGUGGGUCCAGGCGUGCUGCUUGGAAGCGCAAGAACCGAGAACAUAUGCACAGAAAACGUUAAGCUGUACCUCACUUCUGUGAGAGCUGGCCAAAUAAUUUUACAGCUUAAUAAAAUGAAUAUAUUUGCGUACGCAAUAUAAAACCACCAUAAA